AUGACGGCGAUCACAAUUCGAUUGGUUGGAGAACAAGAAGAUCGUUUAUUCAAAGGAAUUGACGUAGAUAAUCAGGUUUUACUUUGAUUAUUUAUUCUGAUUGACUUAUUUUUAUAUUUUCAGAUUCCGUAUGUUGACCUAAAGAAGCGUAUUGAGACUAUUACGAAUAUUCCUCCCGACUUCCAAGAAGUCCGAUUCCGUGGUGAAAAAAACUAUCCGUUGUGGAGUAUCCUAUUCGAGACAUCAAGUUUGGCGAAGAGCUUGUACUGGUAAAGAAUUUUUACAUUUUAAACUUUACUAUUUAUUAUUAGGAUGUAUAAUUUUCGGAAUUUAAGGUCACCUAUUCCCUAUCAGUAAAUUUUUAAAAAUGUAUUUCAGAAACAUUCUCUUCUGGAAUCCUGGCGUGCGUAUUUAUUGCUUUGUGACAGCGCCAAAGAUAUCGAAAAAGGAAAACCUGAACGAACAAAGUGUGCGCAAAGAGCUAUAGCCAAUUCACAAAAACUCGAGGAUUCCGGAUUUUUCGAAGCCUACGUCAACUUUGUGACAGUUUGGAUCGACACCAUCGGUCAAAUGAUGAGGUUUGCAAAUUUGUUCAAUUCCUUUUAAAAAUAUUGACAAAAUAAUGAUAUAGUCAAUGUUUCCCGACUUGAAAGGCGAGGGAGGCGGGGCAAGGGGCGGGACGCGUAGCGUGUGCGUUUGCGGUUCUUGUCACGUGUUCAAUUCAACCGCCAUCGACUCUUUGAGAAGCCCGUUUUUCGCUUUUUUUUUUAUUCCUUUUUCAAUUAUUUAAAGAUUAUGUUCAUGUGUGCAUCAAAAAAUGGUAAAAAAUUGAAAAAGAGCGGUUGCCGAGCUUUUUAAAUAGUCGGCGGCAAUUGAAUUGAACUCGCGCCAAGAACCGCAAACGCACACGCUACGCGUCCCGCCCCUUGCCCCGCCUCCUUCGCCUUUCAAGUCGGGAAACAUUGACUAUAUUCGCAUUUCAGGUUUGUCGACCGAACGCGAAACGCUUUUGAACAAAGCGCUACAAAAUUCUUCACCAAGAUGUUUCCCAAUUCAACAAUAAGCUUUAAGCCUAAGCAAGGCGGUAGUCGAGCGGGGAUUGUGGGGACUGUCACUUGCAAUGGAGAAGAGACACUUUAA